AUGGCCCGUCCUUUGGUCUCCAAGCGAAUUUGGGGUUCCGUCCGCCUAUCUCCCUCCAGGCUGUCAGUGUGCUCGUCAUGCAGAGCGACGGUCAGAGGGCUGUCGUCUUCAAGAGCGCUGACCUCAUCCCUGGUCGAGGCACAGCAUAAGUUACUAGGUGACCAUCUCAAAGAUGCCGACCCCGAAAUCUAUCAGAUAUUACAAAAGGAAAAAUCGAGGCAAAAGCACUUCAUCAAUCUCAUCCCCUCCGAAAACUUCACCUCUCAAGCAGUACUAGAUGCGCUAGGGAGCAUUAUGCAGAAUAAAUACUCUGAGGGAUAUCCCGGAGCCCGCUAUUACGGCGGUAACGAAUACAUUGACCAAUCAGAGCGUCUUUGUCAGAAGCGAGCCUUGGAGACAUAUCGUUUGAAUCCUGAAGAAUGGGGUGUAAAUGUUCAGCCCUUGUCUGGCUCCCCGGCCAAUCUGUACGCCUACUCAGCAUUGCUCGCCUCUCACGAGAGAAUCAUGGGCCUGGAUCUCCCUCAUGGAGGACAUUUGUCUCACGGUUACCAGACGCCGACCAAGAAGAUCUCGAUGAUCUCGAAAUACUUCGAAACAUUCCCAUACCGAUUGGACGAGUCCACCGGCCUAAUCGACUACAAGAAACUGCAUGACAACGCACUAUUGUACCGUCCGAAGAUCAUUGUCGCAGGAACGUCUGCAUACAGCCGACUGAUCGACUAUGAACGCAUGCGAGCCAUUGCCGACGACGUUGGUGCCUACUUGCUGUCCGACAUGGCACACAUUUCCGGGUUGGUGGCCGCCGACGUCAUCCCUAGCCCAUUCGCCUACUCGGAUGUCGUGACAACUACGACGCACAAAUCACUACGCGGGCCUCGUGGAGCCAUGAUCUUCUACCGAAAAGGGGUGCGUCGGACCAACAAAAAAGGGGAGAAGGAAAUGUAUGAUCUCGAAGGGCCCAUCAACGCGUCCGUCUUUCCCGGCCACCAAGGAGGUCCCCACAACCACACCAUCACGGCGCUGGCGGUCGCUUUGAAGCAAGCCCAGAGCAAGGAGUUCAAGGACUACCAGCAGACUGUGUUGGCCAAUGCGAAGGCGUUGGCCGAACGUCUCGGGAAUUCCGCUUACACAGGCGGACUGGGGUACAACAUCGUUAGCGGAGGCACGGACAACCAUUUAGUUCUCGUGGACUUGAAGUCAAAGGACAUCGAUGGAGCUCGCGUCGAGCGGGUUCUCGAGCUCUGCGGCGUUGCCGCGAAUAAGAACACCGUCCCCGGCGACAAAUCGGCCCUGAAGCCCGGCGGCCUUAGAAUGGGCUCACCCGCCAUGACGACUCGAGGCUUCCAGCCUCAGGACUUUACCAGAGUGGCGGAGAUCGUGGACCGCGCCGUCUCCAUCACCAUCAACGUCGACAAGAAGGCCCGUUCCGACGCCGAGAGCCAGGGCAAGAAGAAUCCUCGUGCCGUCAAGAGUUUCCUCGAUUAUCUCAAAGACGGCACUGAUGUGCCGGAUAUUCUGACCCUGAGGAAGGAGGUCGAGGACUGGGUGGGAACGUUCGCUGAGCCGUGGAUCAAAGAUUAA